AUGGGACUGCCACUUCACAAACUGUCCUGCGGGCUUGUUAUUCCUGAGCCAUUUAAGCAGGAUUCUCUUGGACUUCUUGGAUUUAAGGAAUUUGAGGGAGAGGGAUUGCUUCUCUCCUUCUUUAGUAAAAGUGUUGCUCAGGCUCAGGGCUGGUCGUUGAUCAAAACUGAUCCAACGGCUGAGACCAAGUUUUCCCCUCUUCCCUUUUAUACACACAAGACUCGAAACCAAACCAUUCCCUCAUUCAGCCGCCACCCUCCCUUUCUCUCUCUCCCACUCUCUAAAACCAAAAACACUGCGACCACCGGCUUACUCCCGCGGACGACCACAAACUCAACCGCACCACCAUCAACACCGGCGAAACCCCAAAUCAGCGUUGCGCCUCCAACCAGCAAUCCAACUUCGCCGCUGCCCCGUCUCAGCCGGAAAGACCUUCGUCAGCCUCCCCCAGCCGCGCUGCCGCCGCAUCGUACGCUCCAACGAACUGACCAGUCGCCGAAGAGACUCACCAGUCGAUGCCGAUACUAUUCCCAACCAAAAUUUUGCCGGAAAGUUGUGAUUAUUAUCGGAACACCCUCACAGGUAACAGUAGAUGAUGGGUCAACAUGUGACGUUGUGGGAUCUGGGACCAUCAAAGCUACCUCUUCUAUUACCUUGUCAUGUGUUAAGUUUACCGAAAUUGCCCUUCAAUCUAAUUUCUGUGAUGCUAUUCCUCCAUUCCUAGUUAUUCUAGUGAGCACCGGCCAACUACUGCACCUUCAACACCUGUUCCAGCAAGACCACCAAUUGUUCAAGUUUAUUCGAGGAGACGAGAGAACAACGAUACAUUACCAGUACCAGUUUAUUUGCCAUCAAACCAUACUCCACCUGAUCCUCUAGAAAAUAUUGACCUCUCUAUUACUCUUUGCAAAAGUAUGCAGACUUGCAAAUCCACAUAUUUUAUUGAUAAUUUGUUUCCUAUGAUCGCUUAUUUUGUGCAUUGAUUGUUUCUCUAAACUCUAUUUAUGUACCUAAACCUGUGAAAGAUAUUUCUUAUCAUCCCGGAUGGUCAAAUGUGAUGCUGAGGAAAUACAUGCAUUAGAGAACAAUCACAUAUGGGAUUUAGUGGAUUUAACUAACGGAAAAAAAUCAGUGGGAUGUAAGUAGGUGUUCACAGUCAAAGUUGAUUCAGAUGGCUAUGUGGCAAGACCUAAAGUCAGGCUUGUGGCUAAAUGAUAUGCUUCGACAUAUGGGGUAGAUUAUUCACACUUUCUCUCCAACUGUCAACCUCACUUUUGUCUGCUUGUUCAUUUCUUUAUCUGCUUUUGAGAAUUGGCCUUUACAUCAGCUGGAUAUCAAGAAUGUGUUCCUUCAUGAUGAUGUUCAAGAGAAAGUUUAUAUGGAGCAAUCACCUGAUUUUAUUGCUCAAAGAAAGUAUAGGAAAGUCUGUCAUUUGAAAAGGUCCUUGUACAGCUUGAGUAUAGUCCCCGUAAUUGGUUUGGCAAGUUCAGUGAGGUUGUUAAGAAAUUUGGAUUGAAAAUGAGCAAAUGCGAUCAUUGUCUUCUACCAACUAUCUACAGCUGGCACUAUCCUUCUUGUUGUUUAUGUUGAUGACAUUUUCAUCACAAGAGAUGAUUUCGAGGGGAUCUCUUUCCUAAAGUCUUUUCUUCAUACUAUAUUUCAUACAAAGGACUUAGGCUGGUUGAAAUACUUUUUGGGAGUAGAGGUAAAUAGAAGCAAGAAGGAAAUUCUUCCGUCUCAGAGAAAGUAUAUUCUUGACCUACUUGCAGAAAUUGAGAUGUUGACAACCAAAUCUUACAGUAUUCCUAUGGUUCCCAAUGUGCAUCUUUUGAAAGAUGAUGGCAACCCUUUUGAUGAUCCAGAGAGAUACAAGAGGAUAGUUGAAAGAUUAAUCUACCUCACUGUGACUCGUUCAGAUAUUGCUUUUGCAGUAAGUGUUGUUAGUCGGUUCAUGUCCACACCAACGAUCAACCAUUGGACAACUUUGAAAUAGAUUCUAUGUUACUUUGAAAGGAGCUCCUGGACUUGACAUAUUGUAUAUCAAUCACAAUCAUAUUCGUAUUGAGUGUUUUGCAGAUGCUGACUGGGCUGGUUUCAAAAUUAAUAGAAGAUCACUACAUGCUAUUGUGUUUUGUUGGAGGGAACUUGGUAGCAUGGAGGAGUAAGAAGCAAAGUGUUGCAUCUCAAUCCAGUACUGAAUAUGUACAGAGCUAUAUCACAAUCUACGUGUGAGGUUAUAUGGAUACAUCAUCUUGUGACUGAAAUUGGGUUGAAGCAUCAUAUGCUAGCAAAACUCUGGUGUGAUGAUCAAGUUGCACUUCAUAUUGCCUCAAAUCCAGUUUAUCAUGAAAGAACUAGACAUAUUGAGGUUGAUUGUCACUUUAUUCGGGAGGAGAUUCAACAACUUGAUUUCAACUAGCUACGCCAGACGAGCAACUAGUGAAUUUGCUCACAAAGGCAGUGAGUUGGACUCGAGUUUAUUCCCUUUGUAACAAGUUGGAUAUGAUUAAUAUCUAUGCUCCAAUUUAAGAGUGAGCGUUGAAAAUUUCUUGUAAUAUGUAGUUAGCUUAAUUAUAAGGAUUGUAUCAUAAUUAUAGGAAUAGGAUUAGAUCUAUAGGAUUUUCUUUUUGUUGAUUCUUUCCAUAGUUAGGUGUCUAUGUAUGUGUAUAUAUUCUUAUCACUUUAUGAAACAAGAUCAUCAAGUAAUUCUCCGA